AUCUCCUUCAAUUAGACCACAACUGGGGAGCAUACAAUACAAAAACAAACACAAUGGAGGUAUGCAUCGACCCACAAUACUUGGCACAAACCCAUGACACAAAUCAGCCCCCACAAUUUAAAGCAAUACAAGACAGGCAAACAUUUACAAAUGAGAGUCUCAUAUCUCCACAACUGACAACUACCUUUUACAUGCAACAGGACACAAAUGCAGCCCACCCAUCCCCAAAGCAGGUCUCGUCAUCCCCAUCAUCAACUGAAAGGAAGCAUACAUGCACAUUGUGCUUGAAGUCAUUCAAGGGACAUGGUGCGCUGUCCAAUCAUCUCCUUACCCAUAGCGAGCGUACCUUCAAGUGCAUGUACUGCAAUAAAGCAUUCAGGAUGAAGCACCACCUAAACAGGCACAUUGGAACAUUGCAUAAAAAGGUAUUGGUCAGAGAUGGCAAGAGAUGAUUCAAGAUGAGACGGGAGAAUCAGAUGCUACAAUAUACUCUUACAAUAACCCACAAACAAAUCCUCCAGAAGAUACAUCAAAACACUAUACUCAGGAGGCAACCGGGGCUCAACACAGGGACAUUUACGCAGCAAAAUUGCAUCGAAGAAACCCCACAUCCAAAACACAUAGACCAACCAAUCAAAAGGAUCUAUAUAACAUGUUUGCCUGUGAGGAAUGUCCGAAAGUUUUCUCUUCUAAAGGAGAUCUGACAAGACAUAGAAGAGUCCAUACUGGCGAGAAGCCAUUUCAAUGUCAACUCUGCCUGGCCACUUUCAGUCAAAGGAGUAACUUAGGAAGACAUAUGAAGGCAAUUCACUAUAAAACAUGAUACCUAAAGCACUAAAGUGCUAUAGCUCCAUAGCGCUAUAUGGCCCAUUUUGAACACUGAUUUUAGAAAGAAUUUCACUGCCUUGCCACUUUCAGUCAGAGAAGUAACUCGGAACGACAUAUGAAGGCAAUUCAUUAUACUACAUGAUCGAAGUAACUUGGUGAAACUUAUGUAUAGUAGUAAAACAUGACCCCCCUCCCUUUUACUGAUAUAUUGGCUUUUAUGAGGUUGAUUGCACAAGGCUUAUCCUGACAUGGCGCCAUAAUGCUAUAAUGACCAUUUUGAA